AUGAGGUCCCCAUGCUGCGAGUUUCUCAUUUCUGGUGAUCCCAGCCCUUGCUUUAUCACUCAAAAGAAAUCUGAGGCUUCAUAUUCAGGUAUGUGAAUUAUUAUUGCAACCCCAACUUCUCAAUUACCCUCAAGAGCUAGAGCAGCACCAUGGAUGUGGUUCUUCUCACACCUGUUGCCAAAGAUUCCCCGCAGUGAAAUCUUUGUUUUUUCUUUGUCUUUACUUCUACCAAAAGUUAUCAAGCUUGCGGGUUCAGGAAGCGCACAAUCUCCAAAGACUUUCAUUGCCCCUCAGCUUUAUCCUACAUUUCUAUACUGCCAAUAUUUAGGAUCGAUCUACGAGUUUGUGGUUGCCAAUCUCGCUAACAGCCAACACAGGAAGCACAAUUACGCCACCUAAGAUGAACAACAAUUCUCUAGCGAUUGAAAUCUCCGAUGACGAGAUGGAUACGUACCCAAUUGAAAUCUCCGAAAAUAAACCAGUGAUCGAUCUGACCAACGAAAUAUCUCCUUUCGCGUCUAAUAUCAAGACAAUGAUGUCAGAAACCGUAAUUGAUUUUACGCAUGAGAUAUCCACUCCAAGUCUGAACGUCACGGAGGUCAAAUCAGAGAAUAUCAAAUUGGAGAAUGUCAAAUCCGAGAUGGACACUGACCAGAUUAUCGAGAUACCCUCUUCUCCAACUCAAAACACCACAGAAAUCCAACGGGAGCUGGAGGAUGAAGAACCUUUACCCCCUCUGACCACAGAUGAUUACUCCAACGAGCCAAAUAAUGCUGCUAUAAUUGACCGUUGUAGGGCGGACCUGUUUGUCAGUGAUAAUGAGAUGGAUUUAGACUCAUCGGAAAUCCAAGGAGAGCAUUUCAAAAAGGAGAGAUCAACAAAAAAACGCAACACAAGCAAAGGCGAGAAGGUUUCCCAAAAGCGCAAACGGCAUGAAAAGUCGGCGCGAACCAAUUCAUCGAAGAAACGUAAGACGUCAAAAAUGGGGCGCAAUGGCACUGGCAUUUUCCGCGACGCGACCUCGUUUACCAGAAUGUCUUUUCUCUUUUCUACAUCACGUCCUGCAAUCGAGCCUGAACAAGCAGCGGAGUUCUCUGCAUCAACGAGGAAAAAGCAAUUUGAGAAUCUUCUGAAAACCCUUCUGUUGGUACGACCUGGUAGUCGUAAAAGGGUGAUAAACAAAUGUAAUCUCUGUUUGUAUUCAUUCGUGUAUGAAGAGUGAAGGUAAAGAGAGGUGGUACCCUACAAGCUUAAGUAUAUGAGUGGCAAGCCACUCACAUGACCUAAAGCAUAUAGAUCCACCAGGCUCUCGUACAAGGUGCUAUUCACCAGAAUUAUAUACCGACACCUUCCAAAAACCGCGAAUAGUAGAAGUGCUAGAAUGGAUAUCGCGGCUAUCAACAAAGCAGCAGCAACAUUUGGGCAGCACGUCGUGAAAGUUGAUGGCGACAAGUACAUCAUGAAAGAAAUGAACACACGUAAGCUGUUCCAACCAGUUCUCAAAUCUUUUCGCUGACCGAUGUCAUUCACAGCUCUUUAUCUCCACCAGCUCAUGGGUGUAUCCUGGAUGUACAAGCGAGAGAAAUGCACUGAUAGAAGCUUACCGAGAGGUGGUAUUUGCGCCGACGCAAUGGUGAGCAUGCACAAUUUGCUAAAUCUAUGGAAAACAACUUACAUGGAGGUCUAGGGGCUGGGGAAGACAAUCGAAGCAAUUGCAACAAUCCAGGCAAAUACUGCGAAGAGUCGCUCGUCGAACGCUCCUAAAACGACGUUGAUUAUAGUACCGGCCUCUGUCAAAGAGCAAUGGUUUUCAGAAAUUGAACGACACGGCAAUUUUCCCCGGGUUUUGACAUACAAAUCAACCGACAAAUGCAAAGCUAUUCAUUACACCGACCAAGAUAUCUUGCUUACCACUUGGUGGGAGCUCUCAAGAAGUUGCCCCUUCCCUUCAAAAGAACGAAAGAACUUAAUCAUGGGUAGACGUGCAGAUAGUAACGCAGUUGAUUCCGCUGAGACUGGGUCUUCGCCGAUACUUCAAUGGAUUGAAGACAAUCGCGAACAAGGAGGUCCUUUGCACAAAAUUGAGUGGUAUAGAGUAUGUUUCAUCAUCUUAUAUUCUAUCGUGUAUUGCUUACCUAUGCUUGGAUCAUACUUGAUGAGUCCGUAAGUGACAGAGUCUUGACACGCUUUAAUUCCUGCGUUUAAUUCAAGAUAGCAUGGAAUAAAGAAUCAUUGGAGUCGACAAAGUCUAGCUGCUUCAGCUCUGAAGGGGAAAUAUCGCUGGGCCCUGAGCGGAGUAAGUUUUGGAAAUCCCGUUGUUUUCAUACUGUCUAUUAAUACCCGUUACAGACGCCGAUAAUGAACUGUCUCGAAGGUACUAUGGCGCGAUCACUAUGGUGUAUAAAGCAUUAACGAAAUCAGAAAUCUAUCCAUAUAUGCGGUUUCUAAAGCAUUCAGCUGGUGCUCUGAGUCGUCAAAAGUAAUAGAGAGUACGCAUUUUGUUUUGGCAAACGGGCUAAUUGCUUGUUUCUAGGUUUGUGGCUGAUUACUGUGAUUGGGCAAAUGUUUUUCACUCUUUUCCAAGAUUAGUCAAAUUUCAGCUAAUAAGACCACAGAAAGAGUCUAUGGGACGUCUAGACGACUUGCUUUCAGAGUUGAUGCUUCGGUAAGUUCAAAAUUUUGUGAGAGCCUAACUAGAAUUUCAAACGACACGCCUCUCUGUGAAGUCGCUAGGGGGUUUGCCAUAAUUUUUGAGAUUCCAAAGCUGACAAAACGUCAUGAAGACGUACAAUGAGCGAUCAGCUGCUCGGCCGGCCUUUGGCCAGCCUGCCUAAACCCGCAGAGCACGUUCUGAAGAUCAGAUUUGCUCCAGCAGAAAAGAUUCUUUACCGUGCUUUUUGAAGCUCGUUUAAUUGAGCUUAUGAUGGCGGAGUCUGAUACGAAGAGUGAACGAGAUAAGUUGAGAUAUGCCAUUGUUCAGCUUACUAGAUUACGCCAGUUUACUGCUUCUUGAAUUGUGGUCGGAAGACAACUAAAGGUGAACUGCGGCCGUCCACACUAUGAUUGAUUAUGCUCACACUUUAUAGCUUGUUCUCCAAAUUAAAGAUCUCAAAAUAGUUAAGAAGAAGAUGCUUGAACUGGGCCAGUCCGCAGAUAAGGAUCUUUGUGCAAGUAAGUCAUAUGGAUUGAAGAACUGGCCACUAGCUGAAUGAGUCACGUUUAGCAAUCGACGAAUGGAUCACCGAAAAGGCUGCAGUAAUUGAAAGAGCCAAAAAAAUGGCAAGAAGGCCCCGUCUGAAGAUCCCGAGGAUGAACAUAUCUGUGGUAUCUGCAAUGAUCUAGCAGAAGACCCACAUUUCAUUAACGUGAGAGGUUGCAAGCACAAAUUCUGCCAGACGUGCAUUUCAGACGAUGCUGCUCGUAGACUUGAAAUGGCAGACGAUGUUGGCGACAACGAUGAUGUAAGUGAACUUCUCAUUCAGACAGGAUUUCGUUGAGAAGCAAUAGGUUGUUUGUCCCGAAUGCAAAACACCAUAUACCUUCCACAAGAAUCUGAAACGCUGGUCAUCGGCCUUUUCCAUUGAGCCGUUUACGCCUCGGAAGGGCAAAGAUGCAUUGAAAUUCCACCCGAACAUGGAGACUUCCAACUGGGUCACAAAAUACGACAGAGGACGAAUCCCACUAUCCAUGAGCGCAAAAUUGGCAGAACUUAGAGAGCAGGUUCAAGUAUGGUCUCGUGAGGCUCCUACUGAAAAGGUCAUUAUUUUCACACAGUGGCGCCCUGUUGCAGCUCUGAUUGGUCGUAUAAUUUAAGAAGAUAAGAUUAAAUUCAUUUACUAUACUGUAAGAGCAGUAACGGUUGUCACGCUAUCACAGCUAACUCUUCCAAGGGCGACAAGAGUGCCUUGAAAUGCGAUGAGGCAGUAAGAAAAAUUGAAAAUACGCCUGAUAUUAAAGUAAUGAUAUGUGACUUGAAAUGUGGAGGAGUUGGUCUGAACCUCGCAUUUGCCAGCCGGGUUAUCAACGUGUAAGUAAUUUGAUGAAAGUAUCGUUUUAUCUGCUAAAAGGUCAACAGCGAUCUUUGGUGGAAUACCUGCAUGUAAGUUGCAACAUAAUUCGCAAAUUGGAACUAUCUACUGACCAUCUUGAACAGCGAGCAGCAAGCGUUCUGUCGGGUUUACCGAAUCCCGCAGCCACUUGAGACACAUUUCACGCGGCUCAUUGUAGAGGAUUCGGUCGAUUGGCGUAUUUAUGAGCGUAAGUUCAUUUUUCUUAUCUAUGAUGGGUACUAGGUUACUUAUUAGCAACAGUUCAGCUCAAAAAAAAGGCCAUAAUCGAUCCCACGAUGAAGGGCAAGCUCACCACCUUGGAGCUAGCUGGCUUAUUUGGUCGUGCAUACUUCGGUGAGUUCAUGAGCUUGUGUUUCAUAUAUCAAUAGCCACUUGCUAACGACGACUUCAAUUCAAGAUGACAAUGACAAACUUAUCGUUGAACCUGAUCACCGUGAUACAGAUAACCACACUGAAGAAGAUGGUCUGGAAGGAGCUGAACUCAUCUCAACAGACAGAGAAUCAGUUGAAGAUUUCGAUAGCGAUUAUGCUGAUCGAUAA